CGGUCGCAGAACAGAGGGCAGAUGGCGGCCGGGGUGGCGCUGGUGACGUCAUCGCGAAGGUAGUGCCGUUGCAGGCACCCCAAACCACACCAAAGGUGGCGGCUGUCAACAACGGCAACGUCAACAAAACAACGGUCAACAACGGCUCAGCGCAACCGCCGAAACCGACACCAGCGGCACCGACGAUGGUCGACAACAACAACAGCAACAACAAGGCAGUGUCUGCGGUGGUGAAUCCAGGCAAGCGUCCGGAUACUAACCCUGCGCCGUCGAAGGCUAAGGAACCACAGGAAGCGGCUGCGACGGCGACGACGACGGCGGAACAGCCUUCACCACCGACGCCGUCAGCACCGACCAAGGGGUUAAAGCAGGCGGCCAAACUCGGUGUCGGUGUCGGUGACCCCGGUGUGUCGAGAGCAGCAACAGCAACAGCAGCUGUAGCAGCUGUAGCAGCAGCAACAACAACAGCACCACGCGUUGCAGCCGUGCUUCCGGUCAGCGGAAGUGCGUGCACCCUCGGUGCAUCGACCGGCGGCCACGCAUUGGGGCACGCGCCACCACUCGACACGAAGAAGCUGUCACCGAAGGAGCUGAUCAAGGCGGUCGCCCCGAACAUCGCGGCCGCCGUCGAGCAGAGGAAGCGAACCGAAGAGCAAUGUAAACAAAGCCGGGCGGCUCAGCCAACCCCGGUAACGGUGCCGGCGAUAGCGAUUACCAGCACGAUGAUGACGACAAUGACCACCACGACCACGACGACGACCACCACCACCACCACUACCACGAGCACGAUGACUAGCAGCACCACGAUCGAGGAGCCGAUGACCACCAAGAAGGUGGUGAAGAAGGUGGUGAAAGUGGUGAAAACGAAAACGGCUGCACCACCUCCCGUACCGGUACCGGUGAAAGCGGCCGAAACCGAGCAGCAGGCCGCCCCGGUCACCAAAGCUAAGCAACCGCCAACGGCCAACACCACCAAGGACGAGGAGGUGCAGCAGCAGCAGCAGCAGCAGCAGCAACAACAGCAGCAGACACUAGAGCGCAUGAAGACGAAGCUGAAUCGGAUAACGCUGAACAUGGGCGCGAAAAGCCUCGAGGUGGAGGUGAAGGAAUGCCAAAAGUGUCAAUCGGCGAUCGUCGUGCCGGACGGGGGUGCUGCUAGCGGCGUGCUUCCGGUCGCGAUCGGGCAACCAUCGGUGACGUUACAGCAACAGAAACCGAUGACCACGGCCGGGCGCCCGAUCCUGCCCUAUACCGGUAAGCUGACAAAGAAUAAAUUCGGCACGCUAGACAACCUGAGCGACCUAUCAUCGACGACUGCUGGCGAGGGUAACACAUCGCAGCUACUACUACUCGGUGAUAAUAGUAAGCACCGGAACAACCAGCCUUAUCAGCAGCAGCAGCAGCAACAGGCAGUCAGUGGCAGUGUACAACAGCGUUGCAAGCAAGCGUCGCAAAUCGAUCAAAAGUACCGGUGUGGUGCGACGCGCAGUGAGGACGAAGCGGACGCGAGUGAAUCGGAAACCUCCUUCUCCGGUGUUGAGGACGACUGGUCGUCGGACUCGGAGCUAGACGACGACGACGAGGCGAUGGCGAACGAUAAGCCGGAAAAGAAGAAACCGUUCGAUCCGACCAAGCGGGUCAAGCUGAACUUUGACCAGAUGCGCAAGUGCUACUCGAAGGAGGAGAAAUGCCCGAUCGUACUGGUCGCCCGGCCCCGGCCCCUCUGGAAGGUGAAGCGCCACGGGCACCGGCACAACCGGAAGGCGGACCUGACGAGCAGCAGUAGCGGAAGCAGUGGUAGCGACCGUAGCAGCCGUACCGACAGUACGAGCACGACCACGACCUCGACCACCACCAAUUCCACCUCCAACGAUCAAACGUCCUCGGAGGCGACCUCGACGGUGGAGGGCGGUGGUGCAACCUCGGACAUCAACACCGACAGCAGCGUCAACUCGAGUACGGGCGGUGGCCGCAAGGGCGCACGGCAUAAGGGCAACAAGGGAAAGCAACAGCAGCAGCAGCAGCAGAAGCGGGCCAGCUCCGUGACCGAUCCGUUCGGGGAUAUCUACGAUACGCCGAUGGUGAUACCGCUGCACGCGGAACCGCGCUGUAGUAGCAGCAGCCGCAGUGCGGGGCCGGUAACCUCGCGAAAGAGUGGCUCCUCGGUGCUGGACGAGAACAACAACAGCAGCAGCGCCCGAAACGGUAGCCAGCUGGGGCUGUCCGAUCUGAUCGGUGGCGGCGGCGGCGACGUUGAAGGCGAGGAUGAGCGGGGCCGCUCGAUCGGGGUGGGGCACGAGGUGCGCAGCACCAGCACCAGCAGCCACGAUUCCGGUUUCUACGGUGGCGGUACCGCACCGAUCAGCCCCAAGAAGGCGCUCGAGACAUCCUACACGUACGCCCAGUUCCAGAAGACGGGCAAGCUAACCGCCCCGGCCACGGUGAUACCGCGCUUCCGGAAGUACAACGUGGACGACUUCCACUUCCUGACCGUGCUGGG